AGAGAUGGCAAAUCCCGAGGUAGUUAUAAGUAGCUGCAGCUUUCACCAAGAGGAAAAUGGCUGCACUUUUAACCAGAAUACAUCUCCCUCGGAGGAGCUUCUAUUAGAAGAACAGAUGAGGCGAAAACUCAAAUUUUUUUUCAUGAAUCCUUGUGAGAAGUUCUGGGCUCGAGGUAGAAAACCAUGGAAACUUGUCAUACAAAUUCUAAAACUUGCAAUGGUGACUAUCCAGUAUUUGCAGCUACCUAACAUCUCAGUUGGGAAUCAUGCUUAUGAGAGUAAGGGUACGGAACAGUCUGGUAUGGCGAUCUGUCAGCACUUCUACAAGCAAGGAAACAUCUGUCCUGGAAAUGAUACCUUUGACAUUGAUCCAAUAAUUGAAACUGAGUGUUUCUUUGUAGAGCCAGAUGAAUCUUUUUACAUUGGAACACUAGAAGAAAAUAAACUCAACUUAACCCUGGACUUUCACAGACUCCUAACAGUGGACCUGAAGUUUAAACUGAAGGCCAUUAAUCUGCAGACUAUUCGUCAUCACGAACUCCCUGACUGUUACGACUUUACUCUCACUAUAACAUUUGACAACAGAGCCCAUAGUGGAAGAAUUAAGAUAAAUUUAGACAAUGACAUUUCCAUGAGAGAAUGUAAAGACUGGCAUGUGUCUGGAUCAGUUCAAAGGAACACUCAUUACAUGAUGAUCUUUGAUGCCUUCGUUAUUCUGAUAUGCUUGGUUUCAUUAAUCCUGUGCUUUCGAUCUGUGAUUAGAGGACUUCGGCUUCAACAGGAAUUUGUCAAUUUUUUUCUUCUCCAUUAUAAGACGGAGGUUUCUGUUUCUGAUCGAAUGGAAUUUGUCAAUGGAUGGUACAUUAUGCUUAUUAUUAGUGAUUUACUGACAAUCAUUGGAUCAAUUCUGAAAAUGGAAAUCCAAGCCAAGAGUCUAACAAGUUAUGAUGUUUGUAGCAUACUUCUUGGGACCUCUACGUUGCUCGUGUGGCUUGGAGUCAUCCGAUACCUCAGUUUCUUUCAGAAGUACAAUCUCCUUAUUCUGACACUUCAGGCAGCACUGCCCAACGUUAUGAGGUUCUGCUGCUGUGCAGCUAUGAUUUAUUUUGGCUAUUGCUUCUGCGGAUGGAUUGUGCUGGGGCCUUACCAUGAAAAGUUCCAUUCUCUGAACACGGUCUCCGAGAGUCUUUUUUCUCUGAUAAAUGGAGAUGAUAUGUUUGCCACAUUUGCAGAAAUGCAGCAAAAAAGUUACUUGGUCUGGCUGUUUAGCAGAAUUUACCUCUACACAUUCAUAAGCCUCUUUAUAUAUAUGAUUUUAAGUCUUUUCAUUGCACUGAUCACUGAUACAUAUGAAACAAUUAAGCAUUAUCAACAAAAUGGCUUCCCAAAGACUAAACUUCGCACAUUUAUAUCAGAGUGCAAGGAUCUACCCAAUUCUGGAAAAUACAUAUUAGAAGACGACCCUCCGGUAUCUAUAGUCUGUUGUUGUAAAAAGUAGAAUCAGCUAUCAGGCUGAUUUGCACUACAGAGGAAAUAUAAUGUAUACCUGAGUUGGGAGACUAUAUGGACAUUUAAGAUCAGGUGUAAUAUGUUUGAAGACUAUUAUUUUGAGCAAAUUGAUAGCUAUAAUUAAUCAAGAGCUAGGUUUAUGUUUUUAAAAGAAAUAUUUAAUGCCUUUUCAGCUUUAUUUUGGGUUUAGUUUUUUUUUAAAACUCUAACUUUGAUUAGG